AGAAUCUACAAUCCAUGACAGUCUAUGGCUGCAAAGUUGUGCGGAGGCACGAUCUGACAUAACGGAGUCGUCGUCUGGUAAUUGUUGGUUGCGCAAUUGCGAAAAAUGCCGUUUUACCAAUAUAAUUCUUUCACUGGCAAGCUGAAGCCGUCCACUAAUUUUCAGCCGCUGUAUCCCAUCUCUCCUCUUCCUUUACAGAAGUCAGAGCCAGUAAUAAUUUAUGACUCCAUCAAGACAAAACCUUUGACGGUUACGCCCAAAUCAGGCUAUUGCACUAAUAAACCACUCACCCUUGACACAACAGUGUGGAAAAAGUACAAGCUCUUUGGAGAAGCAUUGAGAAAGGAUAUGCCAAUACAUGUGUCAGGUGGCAGAAAAGAUAAGCUACUGUAUGGGUUUAUAGCUACAUACGUCGGUCUUUGUACAUUAAACUCAUUCUAUUUUAUUGCAAAGGAAGUAUUCUUCAAAAACUAAGCGGGUAUUAUGUAGAUAAUAAAUUGUAUAGACUCUUCUGGCAUUGUGAUU